AUGGCAGAUUCUACCCCAGUGCACUUUUUCGACAUUCUGUCAGACUUGCCUGGACCUACAAAGGCCUGGUCCCCUAACACCCUGAAAACUCGAACAAUCCUCAACUUCAAAGGCGUCUCAUACACUCAGACCUACGUCUCAUACCCGGAUAUCGAACCCCUUCUGAAAUCACUCUCCGUGCCUCCCCACCCAGAUGGAACCGCCCCUGUUCCACACACCCUCCCCGCAAUCGUCCACCCUACCAUAAAGUCCAAUCCUCACGGGGCCCUGAUGGACUCCCUUCCUAUUGCCCGGCAUCUUGAAGAACUCUACCCCACACCGACAAUAUUCCCCUCAGGGAACGCAAGCUAUGCCCUCGCAGUCGCGGUGGAGAGGCUGAUGCGCGACAUCGCACGGAGCGGGUAUACCCUCCUCAUUCCAGCAAUCCGGGACAUCCUCGAUCCGCGCGGACAGGAGUACUACACGCGAACGCGGGCCACGAAGGCUUUCUUCGGGAAGCCGCUUGAAGAGGUCAAGCCGACAAGCGAAGGUGAGGUGCGCGCCUUGGUAGAAAAGAUGAAGAAGGAUAUCAGGCCGCUGGUGGUGAUGCUGAAGGGGAAGAGUGGGAAGACGGGGCCGUUCUUUGAGGGAGAGAAGCCAGGGUAUGCGGAUUUGAUUUACGUUGCGUUUAUGACUUGGUACCGGUGUGCGGACGAGAAGAUUUGGGAGGAGCUGAUUGAGGUAGGUGAUGGGGAGCUGCGGGCGCUGUGGGAUGCGGUUUAUCCAUGGGUGGAAGGGCAAGGCGAGGAUAAGGAAUGGGGGGUUGCCCAGUAG